AUGGCUAACGCUACCGACGAGGUCGUCGUGCCCACCCGCCAGCCCAUCCAGCUCGUCACCACCGACCAAGGCCCGCGCGUCGGCCCGUACAUCUUUGGCAAGACACUGGGCACUGGCUCCACGGGCAAGGUCAAGCUGGCGAAGAACCUCGAGACCGAUGAGAUCGUCGCCAUUAAGAUCGUCCGCAAGGACUUUUUGGAGAACAAACCCUCCUUGAAGAAGAAGAUGCGUAGGGAGAUCUCCGUGCUAAAGGUCCUUAAGCAUCCCAAUUUGAUGAGCUUGAUAGACGUCUUCGAGAUCGAGACACAUCUCUUCCUCGUCAUGGAAUUCGUCGAUGGCCUCGAGCUGUUCGAGUACUUGGUCAGAAGGGGGGCCCUCCCCCUCACCGAGGCCCUCACCUUUUUCCAGCAGAUCAUAUGCGGUCUCGAGUACUGCCACAACCGCCUCAUCUGCCAUCGCGACCUCAAGCCCGAAAACCUACUUCUCGACCGCCACUACAACAUCAAGAUCGCCGACUUUGGCAUGACCAGCCUCAACCGCCCGGGAAAACUCCUCGAAACCUCGUGCGGCUCCCCGCACUACUGCGACCCCAUGGUUGUAUCGGGCGAGAAAUACGACGGACUCAAGGCCGACAUUUGGUCUUGCGGCGUCAUUCUCUAUGCCAUGGUCACAGGUCGCCUCCCCUUUGACGACGACAACAUCCAGCGCCUUCUGCAAAAGGUCCAGGCGGGACAAUACCAUCUUCCAUCGGAGCUGCCGAAGGACUUGCGUGACCUUAUUAGAGCUAUGCUUACUGUCGAUCCUGAUAAGAGGAUUACCCUGGCGGGUAUUAAGGAACACCCAUGGUUUAAGAGUAUCAUUCCGCGCAACUGGGUCGAAGACAAAUUUGUGCCGCCCUCGGAACCCAUGUUAAACCCGGACAAGUUCAUCGUCCGCUCGCUCAUGGACCUGGGCUGGGGUGAUGCUGCUUUUAUUAAUGAGGAGCUUGCGAAGCCAGGGCCUAGCAUGGAGAAAGUGUUUUACUCUCAGCUUCAAGGACAUCCAAUGUUCCAUCGGUCUACCAUCACGGGACCAACUCCCACAGAUCCAAUACCAGAGCAAGUCUUCCCGACGCUGCCUAAGGAGCCGACACCGCCGCAGUCAACGUCCUCGGGCACAUCCGAGGGUAGUUCUAGCGAAGCCUCGGAGACUCUGCAACAGCAAAUGGCGGCGGUGUCAGUCGCUGACGGGGGUCGCACGCCUGCUACUGAGGGGGAUGGUCCGCAGCAGGAUGGGACGGCGGAUGCGCUUGCAGUGCCUACCUCAGCACAGGGCACCGCCUCUGCUCCCACCGGACCUGAGAGGUCGUCGCAAGGGGACGGGUCGGCUGCUGGGAUGGGCGCGGGCUCACUCGUGCGCCAAAGCGAAUUGAUGAGAUUACAAGAAGGCGGCGGAAAGGGCGAGGACGUCGAUGAGGUCAUUCAAAACGCGGCAGGGAACCAAAAGAGUUGGUUUGAUUCGGUCAAGAAUUAUCUCACAGGCCAGCAAGAGGAUCACGCGUCAUGAGACACGAGCAGCUUGUGAAGCGCCAGAACAACGCCCUCGCGUGCCACGCUCCCAUUUUGCUUCUACUGUACUUGUACUGUUUGUCGAUACUAAACGAACCCGGCGAUCAGACUACGAAGGCUGUCGCCGGAAUGCACCGCGCUGCUUUUUUUUGGG